AUGGCCACGCCGGAGAGGACCGGCGGCGACGAGCGAGCGAGAGCGAGGGCCGGACACGAGUACCCCCAGCUCUACGCCCCCAAGGCCCUGGUGUUGCUGAGUCAUUACCCGUUUUACAACCUCUUCACGCAGUUCUUGCAGCAGAUUUACCGGAUCGGAUUGAGCGAGGCGCCGCUACCGAUCGAACGCUACAUCAGUAACUUCGUCUGCGAAGUACCGCUGCCGCCCCAGGGGCAGGUGGAGGUUAACUACGCCCUGCCGGACAGGACGUUGACCAUCACACGCCCCCCGAGAAAUCGCCUGCCGCUGGUGGACUUCAGCUACCGGCCGCUGUUCGCCAGCCUCUCGGUGGACAACAUCCUUUGCGCCUUCGGCCUCCUGCUGACCGAGGCAAAGGUUGCUUUGUGCUCGUCGCACUACGCGUUGUUGGCCCCCGCGGCGGAGGGCCUCUUGUCCCUGCUGUUUCCGUUCGUGUGGCAGGGAGCCUACAUCCCAGUGAUGCCGUUCAACAUGAAGGACGUGUUGGAGGUGGGUGAGGCCCCCGUGCCGUUCCUCGUGGGCAUCCACUCCCGCUACCUCCAGGAGACCAGCAGCGAGCGGCGGCCGCAGGGCGUGGUGUUUGUCGACCUCGACAACGAUAGCAUUUACCUGGGACUGGACGAAGACAUGUGA